GCCAAGGUCAGCACUUACUGUCAAAUUUUAUAGGUUAUAAUUGUGUUUUUCCAGAAAAAUCUAAUUUACCUUGCAAUUCAUGUCAUCUAUGCGAAAUAACUAAAAAUGUAUUCGAACAAAAUCGAGUUUGCGGUGCAAAUGACGUGCGAAUCGUGCGUGAACGCUGUGAAAAAGAGCGUUGAAAAUGUCCCGGGCAUCAAAAACAUCGACGUAAACUUGGAGACGAAAUCUGUCAUAAUUGAAACUAAUUUGCCGACGUUGGAGGUGCAGAAGAGAUUGGAGGAAAGCGGCAGAAAGGUGGCACUGAGAGGGUAUGGAGGAAGCGUUGCAGGGGUGACUAUAUUGGAGGCUUUUGGGAGGAAUGUUAAAGGGGUUAUAAGGUUCGAACAAGCUACUAAGAAUUAUUGUAUUAUUGAUGGUACUGUUGAUGGGUUGAGCCCUGGGGAGUAUCAGGCGGCUAUUCAUGAGUGUGGGGAUAUUUCACAGGGUUGUAAGAGUGUAGGUGAAGUUUACAGCAAUAUAGGAAGUAUAAAAGCUGAAUCAAGUGGUAGGGCUACAUUCCGUUUAGAAGAUGACAAAGUAAAAUUAGGUGAUGUUAUUGGGAGAUCAUUUGUAAUAUCUGAAAAAAGUGAAAAUGGAAAUCAACAAAGUAUAGCUUGCGGAGUUAUAGCAAGAUCAGCCGGAUUGUUUGAAAAUCCCAAAACAAUAUGUGCUUGUGAUGGGGUUACUAUUUGGAAUGAAAAAGUUGGGCCCAAAUCUACAUUAUAAUAUUUUUAAGUUUGUAAAAAUCUAUGGUCUAAGUCUAUGGUAAAAGUGUAUUGUAUAAGUAAUAGAAUUGAGUUAUUCAUAUUUUUUACCAUAAUUUUUCUACUUCAACUAUGGAUUUAAGUUACCUGGUUAAUAAUUUAUAAUUACUAUAAUCUAUGCUAUCUACUUUUAUAUUUUAAAAAAGCUACUCCUGAU